AUGGCGCCGGCAAUGAUCACGCCAGAGUCGUCUGGGACUAACACUCCCACGACCAUCACAGCGACGAAACUCACACAGGCUGGUAUCCAGCACAUGCUGCCAAACAGUAAUGGCGAUCUCCCUAAUCUAGGGGCAUUGGAUGCGUCCAAGAUGGCCGUCACAAUCACAACCGCCCCACGAACUGUCCCAGAAUGGAACGGCGCAGAAGCGAAAGCACAGAAGACUUGCACCGACCACAUGGUCACUGCCCGCUGGACUGCGGAGGAAGGCUGGGACGCUCCUGAAAUGAAGCCUUAUGGGCCUCUGUCUAUCAUGCCCAGUGCGUCCGUUCUACAUUACGCCACCGAAUGUUUCGAAGGAUGCAAGCUCUACAGAGGCUACGAUGGAAAGCUACGAUUGUUCCGCAUCAGCAGGAACUGCGCACGCAUGAGGAACUCAGCAGAGAGGAUCGCUCUUCCGGACUUCGAGCCCAAGGAACUGGAGAAGAUGAUUAUCGCUCUUUGCGCACGAGAUGGGCCAAAGUGGUUGCCAAAAGACCGUGCCGGCUGCUUCUUGUAUUGCCGCCCUACUUUCAUUGGCACCGAUUCAGCUCUCGGUGUGCAGCGACCACGAGAAGCACUGCUCUACGUUAUCCUGUCAUGCUUCCCAGAUAUGUCUUCUAGCCUGGCCACCCCAGCACCACCAGCGAUGCAGGGCAAGGCGGACGGCAAGCCCAAGUCGAGUUCAGGCCUCAAGCUCAUCGCUUCUCGAGAGGACACCAUCCGAGCAUGGCCAGGCGGAUUCGGAUAUGCUAAGCUUGGCGCCAACUACGGUCCUACUCUAGUAGCACAGGGUGAAGCCAAGGCCAGGGGUUUUGAUCAGGUGCUUUGGCUGUACGAGAAGGAGAACUGGGUGACUGAGGCAGGUGCAAGCAACUUUUUCGUCGUGAUAAGGGAAAAGACGAGUGGCAGAUUGCAGCUCAUCACUGCGCCAUUGACCGAGCGUAUCAUCCUGGAAGGCGUUACGCGUGCAUCUGUGCUAGAGCUGUGCCAGAGCAGAUUGGCGCAGUCACAAGAUGGUGUCGAAGGUCUGGAGGUUGUGGAGAAGCGUUUCACUAUGGAUGACUUGCUCGAGGCUGAUAAGGAAGGACGAUUGGUGGAAGCUUUCGCGGCUGGAACAGCGUUCUUCAUUGCCCCUGUUGCUUUGAUACACUUCCGUGGCAAGGAUAUCGAAGUGCCUACCGAUGGUGGCGAGGCUGGCGUCUACACGCGCUUGGUCAAGCAGUGGCUGGUCAACAUCAUGUAUGGCAAGGAGUCGCACGAAUGGGGUGUUGUGGUGGAUGAAGAGGCGUGA